AUGGCUUCUCGUGGGUGGGAGCGCGAUGUAGAUCUCCACCAGCGCAACGACGACCGCAGAUCAUCCGUUGAUGUUCCUUCACCUACAGAAGGUGAAAGAGACGUUGAUGGGGGCGUGACAGCGCCCGUUGGGACCCAAAAGCGGCAGCGCAACCUGUUACGCGAGUCGCAUUUGAUCUCCGCCGAGGGUUUCCAAAAGGUGCAUCGCACGUUUCCAUACCAAGUCUCAGCUGAUGUCUCAGGCCGUGAGGCCCAGGCACUGGCGUCGCUGGUGAAGAUGUACAAACAAUGGGCUUUUGAUCUGUAUCCAGGUCUGAAUUUUGAAGAUUUUGUGGAGCGGACAGAAACGUUAGGCAAGGGACGUCAGGUGCAAGCCCUCAUGAUGGAGUUAAGGGAGAAGGAGAGAUUAAAGUAUCUGAAAACGAUUAUAGAUCAAGAUGAGAAGGAUGAAAAGGCUGAUAGCGAAGGCGAGGAGGCGAUGCUAUAG